UCUUUUUUUUUUUUCAUUUACUCUAAUAUUUUAUACCUGAAUUCUUUUUUAUUAUUAUUUUUCUAUUAUAUAAAUCAUCAAUGAAAACCAAGAUUGUAAACUGGAAUGCAGUUUCAGAAUGGAAAUGGAAUGUAAAAGAAGGUGACGAUGUUUGUGGUAUUUGUCAUUCAAUGUAUGAAAAUUGUUGCGCAAAAUGUAAAAUGCCUGGUGAUGAUUGCCCACUUAUUUGGGGUAAAUGCAAUCAUGCAUUUCAUUUACACUGUUUAUGGACAUGGUUUGAUAAUUCAAAGAAUGGUGAAAGAUGUCCUAUGGAUCGUUCGAAAUGGGAGACAUUAACAGCACAUACUUGAAAACCUUUUAU